UAUAACCAUCUAAAAGCUGUCAUGCUUGGCAAAGUUAUCAUCAUCUUGGUUACCUUCUUGCUUCGAGACACGUUAGGAGGAAUCGCAGUAACCUUUCAAACACCAGACGUUCUUACCAUUUCUUACAUCAAGAAUAAUCCGAAUUUUUUUGAUUAUUGUGACAAACAGUUGAAUGAUGUAGUGGAAGGUUAUGCCCUAAGAAAGUUAGCCUGUGGAGCAUUAAAAUUGUCAGCAAAUGAUGAUCCACCCACCUCCUUUUCCGACAUGAAUGGCAUAGGUGGUGACUUUGAUAAAUGGGCCAGAAAAAAAGAAUACAGGGGAUACAUCCAUAUUCCCAGCUUUAACAUUAAGUGUGAUGCUAAAGGUAAACUUGUCACUGCUAAUCCCCGUGAUCCUGAUUACCGUAAUAAAGAAAAUCCGACCAAAAAUCCAGAACAAUGUGACGAUGCCGAGCGCAAUCCUUAUAGAAUUUGUUGGCGUAAAAAAAUUCAAGUAAACAAUCGUGAUAUAUUUUUUUUUCUAACUUUGGAUAUACUAUGUGAGGAAGCAGUACUUCCGGAUCCUCGAUUCACAGCAAUAUAG